UGCUCUUUCUGGAGAAUGCGUUUCAGAGUUCAAACUCCUGGCCAGCGGGGGCAGUAGACCGCCUGUUUGUGUGCAGUUGCAAAAAAAACAAGGAAGCGUGCAAACCGGUGUUGAUAUGAUUUGGAAAGACCAAUAGAGCAGCUCCUCUCUUCGCCGGCCAUGGAUGAAGGGACGCUGCUGGCAUCCAUCCAGACAUAUAAUGGCCAGCUGCAGCAGGUGGAGGCGGCUCUGGUUGCCGGGCUGGACCCCGAGCAGCAGGCCGACCUGCUCCAGCUGAAGAACGACCUGCAGGAGCUGCUGGAGCUGACCGAGGGCAGCCUCCUCAGCCUGAAGAAGAGCCAGCUAUUAGCCAGCUUGGAGGCGGCUCUUACAGAGAGCCCACAGGGACACACAGAGCAGAGCCUUCUCCUGGCCAACAACCUGGGGACUGCUACGGGCAGCCAGCAGGGACAUAUAGAACGUGGCGAGCAGGACGGCGAGUGUUCCUCAUUCUACUCUGAGUUGGUUGGACUGGGAUCGGACAGCCACUCGUCUGUGCCUGCAAGGGAGGCGGAGACGGGUGAGAAAGAUGAUGGUGAUGCUGAUGAAGAGGAGGAGGAGGAGGACUAUUUGAGCGGGAGUAAAGUACGAGCGCCAUAUCGCACCUCCUGGGGGACUCUGGAGUAUCACAAUGCCAUGGUGGUGGGGGCGGAGCCUCCGGAGGAAGGGGAGGAGCGUGUGCGAGUGCUCUACCUUCAGCCCACCCACCGAGCUAUGAAGCCCUGCCCCUUCUACCUGGAGGACAAGUGCCGUUUCCCAGACAACUGCAGGUUCUCCCAUGGGGAGGCGGUGGGCGUGUCUGAGCUCAGGGACUUCCAGGAGGCGGACCUCAGCGAGCUGGGGGAGGGGUCAUCCUGUCUCGCCCGUCACGAGGAUGGGGUGUGGUAUCCUGCCAAAAUUACUGAGUUGAAGGAUGGUGUGUACACUGUGAAGUUUGAUUCGCUGCUGCUAAAGAAGGCGGAGCUUGAAGCGGAUGGUGUGAUCCCACCCAUGCGGACUGAUGAUCCUGUCUCCUCUGAAUCUGAUGACGACACAGACAUGGCCUUUGCUAAAGUGGUGGACAGUGCAGAGGCUGGUUGGGCAGUGGUGGACGGUUCAGAGUUUGGCGGCUGGGAGGUUCACACACGAGGCAUCGGCUCCAGACUGCUCAUGAAGAUGGGCUACGAGCAAGGCAAAGGUCUGGGUAAGUAUCUGGAGGGCCGUGUGGAGCCGGUGCAGGCGCAGGUGGUUCCCAGGGGGGCGGCCGCUCUGGAGGGGUGUGGGGAGCUGACCCGCGCUCUGGCGGCCCGCCCCCGCAUCACCAGGAAGGGGGCCCCCGGCCCCAAGAGGAGGCUGAAGAGGAGGGCCGGCAGCGGGGAGGGGAAGCCCAACGUCUUUGACUUCCUCAACGCCAAACUGGGUUCUGCCCAGGCCCGCCCCUCUGGCCCGGCCGCACCCGCAGCGCCGCGCGACGCCUACAGGGGGGGCCAGCGCGACAAGAGGGAGAUGAACGUGCAGCUGUACCAGGCCACGGAGAGGGUCACGCAGACGGAGAAGGAGAUCCAGCAGCUCAGGCACUCCCUCAACCGCAAAGUCGGCAGGGAUGCUGCAGUGGUCAGUCGUCUGGAGGAGAACUUGGCUGCGGCUCAGAAGCGACUCGUUCAGCAGAAAGCUCAGGAGCAGCUCCUCCAAUCAAAGCGCAAGAGGGCCGACACACACAAGAACAUGACCGAGUUCUGACCAAUCGCAGCGCAAGAGAGCCGACACCCACAAGAACAUGACCGAGUUCUGACCAAUCACUACGCACGAGGGCUGACACACACUCGCACAACCGAAUUCUGACCAGUCAGAGUGCAAGAGGGCCAUCACACACACACACACACACACACACACACACACUCACACACAAGAGCGUGGCCAAGUUCUGACUGACCCUAACCCUUACCCUAACCCACAAUGCACACACACAAGAACGUGAUUUUGGACCAAUCACAAUUUUUGACCCCACACAAGAACAUCACACAUUUCUGACGGCACACAAGAACACGGCCCAGUUCUCAGCAACACUCAAAAGAACAUGAUUCAGUCCUAAACUACGUCACGCAGGAGAACCGAACCUCUCCUAACACGGUCGUUCAGUGUGGCACGUGCGGUCGCGGUCACAAGCAGUCUGUGCCUGGUCGAACAGAGAGUGUGUUUUCACACGGACUAUAGAAUGAAUUGAUUUGUAAGAUUAGCUCUUGGAACUUUUUUUAUGUUUUUGGAUUAACCUUUUAGUUUCUUGGGAGAGUGAGCCGUUGACGUUUGUGUUCACACAGGUAUUUCUCUUUGAUUCUGAGAGCAUAUGUUUUACAGAAUAAAACAGUAGACAAAGACAACAUGAGAAUCCCCCUUCAGCAUGGUCCUUGGCCUGACUAACACACCCUGAGAUGAAACGACACCAGAUCAGGGCCUGAUCCUCUCCAGUCAGCUGCCUUGAAAGGGUCGAGUACUAGAGACUAGAGUAUGCUCUAACUCCUAGCGCUGCCUCUUGAAAGAGUCGAGUACUAGAGGCUAGAGUAUGCUCUAACUCCUAGUAAGAGUCGAGAACUAGAGGCUAGAGUAUGCUCUAACUCCUAGUAAGAGUCGAGAACUAGAGGCUAGCUAGAGUAUGCUCUAACUCAGCUGCCUCUUGAAAGAGUUGAGUACUAGAGACUAGAGUAUGCUCUAACUCCUAGUAAGAGACGAAUACUAGAGACUAAAGUAUGCUCUAACUCCUAGUAAGAGACGAAUACUAGAGACUAAAGUAUGCUCUAACUCCUAGUAAGAGACGAGUACUAAAGACUAGAGUAUGCUCUAACUCCUAGCGCUGCUUUGCAGGGCUUCUCACUGACCUCCUCAUCAACUCCUCUGUUGUAGACAGAUAGUGUCAACCUCUGAUUCACUCUGAUUCACAUGAUGGGGAUUUGCAUUUGUUGUGUGUCUAUAUUUACAUGGUGGGAGUGGGAUUUCGAUCACUUACCUGAGAUUUUCCGUUUUAUAUUUUAUUUUUCAAAAUAAAAAUGUCUCAACGUCAGUAAAACUGCCAAAAAAAAGUGUAAUGUCAAAUUGAUAUUGCAGUACAUUUUAGAGAAUGUUUUAAUGGUCCAUGGAGCACCCCGAGAGUUGCAGGCAGUAACGGAUGGAUAUAGAAGCCUUUUAACGCUAAUUGCCUGCUCCAAAACUCCAUGUAAGUGCUUGGGAGGAGAACAAGCUGUAGACGCGGGAUUUCGACCCUUUCAAGGUAUUGGUCCUUUUUAAGAGAGAGGGUAAGGUAAGUCCCUCUUUCAAUUUAAUAUUUGGGGAUAGCCACAGUACAGUUUAGCCAGAAAUGUUCAGCAACAUUGUGCCGUUGUAUCAAGCAGACAAAACGGCAACAAUAAUGAAUGAAUAAUGAGAAAACGACUGCGCGUGGGCUAAGGGAUUUAAGGAAGGUUGUCCACACACUCGCGCGGUAGAUGUGUAACCUCUGUAACAUACACAGUUUGUUUCACGUCAGAGAGUGCAUCGUGCUAACACGUACAUUUUUUAGGUUGCACAACUUGAUUGGGCAUAAAGGGGAGUUGCGUUGGCCGGGAAUCGAACCCGGGUCAACUGCUUGGAAGGCAGCUAUGCUCACCACUAUACCACCAACGCAAUGAACUUUUGGAAAUAGAGUGCAUAUUUGUUGGGUUUAAAAUAUAUAUUUUGAACGUUUGAAAUGUUGACGCUGAAUUUGUAUUUCCUGUUUUUUUUAAAUAUUUUCUUUAAUUCUGAUCUUCAGCAGGUAAUAGGCGACACGACCACUAAGAUCCAAGUAUAGGGAGAAUAUGAAAACAUAAAUAAACAAUGUCUGAAAAGGUGUCUUGCGUCAAAUAAUAUCUUAAAGCAACA